AUGGGGCCGAAGGAGCACGGUCGGGAGGCGGUUCUCAAUGCUAUGAUCACUCCGUCUAUCUCCUACACACAGCUCCGUCGGAUCGACCCGACCCUGAGCCAGCGCACGAGCACGCGCAUGAGCAGUGCACCAUCACUGUCCCUCUUUCAGGAGCAGCAAACUGCCUACAUGGAGUACACACGCCAGGAGACCAUGGCGUGGCACGACCGCCUUCAUGCAUACCAUCAGCAGAGGGAUCGCGAGAUGCAGCACGCUUUUCAGGAAAUGGCGGCCGGCAGGUGUCCUCAAUGGCCAUCAGCAGAGGGUCCUCCAGCACAACCAGUGCUGCUGACCUUUGAGGAGUUUGUGGCACAGAACGCUGGCCCCUCGCCGGGAACAGGUGCUUCUGAAGACCUGGGCUUCGGCGGUCUUGGCGGUGACGACCUGGGCUUCGGCGGUCUUGGCGGUGACGACCUCCGCGGUGCUCGACGUCCUGGCGCUUAA